AUGUCUGAAGCACAACAGCAAGAAGAACCACAAGUGGUCGAGACGCCGCAAUCUGAGGUAAUCUCCCACCAAAUGGAGAACGAGAACCAAAAGAGCCCUGAGACAGUUUCUCAGGGAGCAGAAGGUUCCGGAUCUAGUGCUGAAAAGGACACAACGCCAGUAGUGCCUGCCAAUGCUAUAAAAGGAGGUAGAGAAACUUCCGACAGAGUUCUUUACGUGGGCAAUUUGGACACCUCCAUUACGGAAGAAAUUCUAAAGCAGUAUUUUCAAGUUGGGGGGCCAAUUGCCAAUGUGAAAAUCAUGGUUGACAAGAACAAUAAUAAGGCAAAUUAUGCGUUUGUUGAAUAUCACGAAGCUCAUGACGCAAAUAUUGCUCUGCAAACUUUGAAUGGAAAACAAGUUGAAAACAAUGUUGUCAAGAUCAACUGGGCUUUUCAAUCUCAGCAAACCUCUCCUGAUGUAGAAACGUUCAAUUUAUUUGUCGGUGACUUGAAUGUUGAUGUAGAUGAUGAAACUUUAAGAAAUGCUUUCAAGGAUUUCCCAUCAUAUACAAAAGCGCAUGUCAUGUGGGAUAUGCAGACUGGCGGUUCAAGAGGUUAUGGCUUUGUUUCAUUUAGUAAUCAAGAAGAUGCUCAAAAGGCAAUCGAUGCCAUGCAAGGUACUGAAUUGAAUGGUAGACAAUUAAGGAUUAACUGGGCUUCAAAACGUGAAAACAAUAACAGCCAUAAUAUGAGUAAUAAUCAACGUCGCCAUAACAAUGGUCCUCGUGCUCCAGGAGGGUUCCGUCCUUUCCAUAACGGUAAUAGAGGUAUGUCAAUGCCUUCUCCAGCUUCAAUGGGCUUACCGCCACAGUUAGCUGGUGUUAUACCUCCACAGGCAGUUGGCGCUCCGCCUUCUGGACCUACUGUUCCACCGCCAGUAAAUCCGCAAGCUGUUGACGCUGUAAUUAGAAGGGCUCCACCAAGAGUCACAACAGCUUACAUUGGUAACAUUCCUCAUUUUGCUACAGAAGCUGAUUUAAUUCCAUUGCUGCAAAAUUUCGGCUUCAUUUUGGAUUUCAAACAUUACCCAGAAAAGGGCUGUUGCUUUAUCAAAUAUGACACUCAUGAACAGGCAGCUGUCUGUAUUGUCGCCUUAUCCAGUUUUCCAUUCCAGGGCAGAAAUUUAAGAACUGGUUGGGGUAAAGAAAGAGCAGGUUUGGUUCCAAUGAUUACUCAACAGCAACAGCCUAUGCACCAUAUAAUGCAUGAUCAGCAACACAUGCAAAUGCAACAAGAUGCAGUUCAAGAGCAACAUCAACAGCAACAACAACAGCAGCAGCAGCAGCAGCAGCAGCCACAGCAAGAAUAA